AUGUUUUUUCCAUUGGUUCUUAACUCCAAUUCUGAUGAAUGGGAAGAUAUUGAUGAUAUUGAUAAUGGUGCAUCCGAUAUUGAUGAAAAUUUAAUUGAAGUAGCCACGGAUUUGCUUAGUGAUGAGGAUAAGGACGAUGAUGAUGAUGAUAAUUCAAAUCAAGGUAAUGAUACAAGUAAUAAUGAUACCAACGAUGAUGAAUUUGAAAGUGAUUCUGAUGAUGAUAUUAAUUUUUCAUCACUUACUAUCAAUGAUAACAAGUUAUCAUCAACUGAUCAUUAUGAGUUGCUUUUGGAUGUAUUCAAUUUAAUGAAGAAAACAAGGGCUGGUGUGAAGUUUAUUCGAAAUCAUAAUGAUACUAAUGCAUAUGUAGUUAAACAUGUUGAAUUAAAAAACAAAACACAAAAAGAAAAAAUUGGUGGUCUUGUUCUUGAUAUGCUUAUACGUUGGAAUAGCUCUCAUUUACUUCUUCAUCGUUUACUGGCACAUACAGAUAUUGUAAAUAGUGUUUUUGCUUUUCCUAACAACUUCAAUGGUUUAACAGAUAAACAAAAGAAAAAGCUCGAUGAGCUAAAACUGAAACAAAAUGAAUGGGAUUUACUGGUUCAUAUACGAGAUGUUCUUCAACCAUUUCAUGUAUCAACGAAUGCCCUUUCAGGACAAUAUUAUCCAACAAUUGCUUCAUCAUAUCUUAUAUGGUGUUUUUUAUCACAUUAUCUUCAUUCAAACUUAAAUGAUGAACCUGUAUUAUUAGCAUUAAAAGAAAGUCUUCGAUUUCGGUUCGAUAUGUAUUGUAAUAGUAAAUUACCACCAGGUCAAAUUGAAACAAUGAUGAUUGCAGCAUUCUUGGAUCCAAAGACUUAUCCAUUAUUAAACGACAACGAUCGAAAAACAGCAAAAAAGCUUAUUUUCAAGAAACUGAAAAAUACAGCUGCUAUCAAUGUAAACUUACCACCAACUUCAACAAACUCAACAGCAAAUCAAUCAAAUCCUUUGUAUCAAUUAGCAAUUAUAUGUGGUCAUGCUGUAUCCUUUACAUCAUCAUCAAUAUCUCAACAAUCAAUAACUCUUGAUGAAGAGUUAAGCACGUAUAUUCAAUCUGUUCGAACAGCUACAAGUUUUCAAGAAUUUUGGUCAUCGAACGAGAAAUUACUACCACGUCUCGCUCGUCUUGUAAGACGAACAAAUAUCUCACCUAUUACUUCGAUAGCUAGUGAAGCACUCUUCAGCGUGGCCAAUUUUCUUAAUCGUAAACAAAGAUCAGGACUUUCAUCUCGUACUCUUCGGUACCUACUCGUUUUAAAAAAUCGACAUCUACUCGAUAAACUUGAAUAA